AUGGGCGACCCGGCCGUCGCGCCGGACGCCGCCUACCUGGAGGCGGUGACGCAGAAGCGGAUCCGCAUCUUCGAGGAGAUCCAGGCCCGGCAGGCCCUCGAGCGCCUCAACAUCGGCGGCGACCCCAUCAGAGUAACUUUGCCUGAUGGUGCGAUAAAGGAAGGCAAGAAGUGGAUAUCGACCCCGAUGGAUAUCGCCUCGGGGAUAUCAACUGGGCUGGCCGCUAGCUGCCUGAUAGCGCAGGUGAAUGGUGUGCUCUGGGACAUGACGAGGCCAUUGGAAGGCGACUGUGACUUGAAGCUGUUCAAGUUCGACAGCAACGAAGGGCGUGACACGUUCUGGCACUCGAGUGCUCAUAUUCUUGGAGAGGUCUCUGUUAUAAUUCAUUCUCAAUUCAUCUUUUUUCUAAUCGAAGAGGAUGUUUGUUUGCAGUCUAUCGAGAGGGUGUAUGGCUGCAAGUUGUGCAUUGGACCUUGUACUACAAGAGGAGAGGGUUUUUACUACGACGCCCACUACAAGGACUUGACACUGAAUGAUACACACUUUGGUCUCAUUGACAAGCAAGCUAAAAAGGCUGUUGCGGUUGAAAUAAUUAACGAAUUGCCCGAGGACAAGACCAUUACAGUAUACAGAUGUGGUCCUUUGGUCGACCUUUGCCGUGGCCCGCACAUCCCAAAUACUUCCUUUGUUAAAGCUUUCGCUUGCCUCAAGGCUUCAGCAUCAUACUGGAGAGGAAAAGCAGACCGUGAAAGCCUGCAGAGAGUAUAUGGAAUCUCUUUCCCUGAUUCUAAACGUCUCAAGGAAUAUCAACAUAUGAUAGAGGAAGCUAAGAAACGCGAUCAUAGGUUAUUGGGGCAGUCCCAGAAACUCUUCUUUUUCCAUCCACUUAGAUCUUUACUCACCGGCUUGCUGUUAGAUAGCUCUUUGACAAAACUUUGCAACUAUGCAGCCCAGGUUCUGAGUCCAAAUAUUUACAACAUGCAACUUUGGGAAACCUCUGGACAUGCUGCAAACUACAAGGACAACAUGUUUGUUUUUGAGAUCGAGAAACAAGAAUUUGGCCUUAAGCCAAUGAAUUGUCCUGGCCAUUGCCUAAUGUUUGGACACGAGGUUCGAUCGUAUAGAGAGUUGCCUCUCCGCAUGGCUGAUUUUGGAGUUCUGCACAGAAAUGAACUUAGUGGUGCACUUACAGGUUUGACACGUGUCAGAAGAUUCCAACAGGACGAUGCCCAUAUUUUUUGCACGGAGAGCCAAAUCAAGGAUGAAGUUCGGUCUUGCUUGGAGUUCAUUGAUUAUGUUUAUAAAAUAUUUGGGUUUGAAUACGAGCUGGAGUUAUCAACGAGACCAGAGAAGUAUUUAGGUGACAUUGAGACCUGGAACAAAGCAGAGCAACAACUGACAGAAGCAUUGAAUGAGUUUGGGAAGCCAUGGAAGAUAAAUGAAGCAGAUGGUGCUUUCUAUGGCCCAAAAAUAGAUAUUGGUGUGUUUGAUGCCCUCAAGAGGAAAUUUCAGUGUGCAACUCUACAGCUCGAUUUUCAGCUGCCACUUCGCUUCAAGUUGACUUAUUCUGCAGAGGACGAAGCCAAGCUUGAGAGGCCUGUAAUGAUACACAGGGCAAUACUAGGAUCAGUUGAAAGGAUGUUUGCCAUUCUUUUGGAGCACUAUAACGGUAAAUGGCCGUUGUGGUUAAGCCCCCGACAAGCCAUUGUUUGCUGUGUAUCUGCCAAUUCACUAACAUAUGCAAAAGAGGUUCAUGCUCAGAUACGUGCAGCUGGUUUUCAUGUUGACAUUGACAUGACUGAUAGAACAAUUCAAAAGAAGGUGCGGGAGGCUCAGUUAGCCCAAUUCAACUAUAUUCUAGUCGUCGGCGCAAAAGAGGCAGAGUCUGGAAAGAUAUUAGAGCUGCUGCCUUGUGACCAUGAGGUCACGGGUUCAAGUCCUGGAAACAGCCUCUUACAGAAAUGUAGGGAAAGGCUGCGUACUAUAGACGCAAAGUGGUCGGACCCUUCCCCGGACCCUGGGCAAGCGGGAGCUACAUGCACCGGGCUGCCCUUUUUAUAUAUAUUAAAGUACACAUGUGUAUUCUGUGAAUGUUUAUAUGAAGGUGAUAAAAUUGGCAACCUAGGUCUCUCUGAGGGAAUGCCCCGCGUCUUCACAAAUGUGAGGCAGCAACACCCUGUGGUGGAGUUGGUGGUGCUCAAUUUCGUCGAAUGGGAUGAUUGGAGAAAGGCCGGUGCCGGUGGGUUUGAUAGUUUUCUGAUGGACAUGUCUGGUCCAAGAUGGAAGAAGGGCAAAGACGGCAAGGAUUUCGCAGCUCUGGCAGCAGCCCAACCCAUGUCAAGCAUUGUUGCCAAGCUCCAGUCUUCACUGGAAGGAUCAAAGCUCGUGGCGACUUUAUCUAGCAGGGGCGGGGAUGCGGUUCUUGGCGUGAACCCGCAGGAAGCCGCGCUUCUGAACCGCGCCGCCUUUGGCCGGGCACUGGAAAAUGUCGGGGCCGAGAAACAGUGGUUCCAGCUGGGCGCUGAGGAGGUCUUCUACCUUCACCAUGCUUUGGAGUGCAUCGUGGUCGAGUCGGCGAACAAGGAUCUGAUGAGCCAAGGGGAGCUGUGGGAUCACUUGUGCUCCGCAUCAGAGUCGUUUCCUGAGAUGUACAGGGCGUACUCGCAUCUCAGGUCGAAGAACUGGGUGGUGCGGUCAGGUUUGCAGUAUGGUACGGAUUUCGUCGCUUACCGUCAUCACCCCGCGCUCGUCCACUCGGAGUUUGCUGUGGUUGUGGUUCCGGAAGGAUCGGGGUUCGGCGGUAGGUGUGGCCGCCUGAAGGUGUGGUCUGAUCUACUGUGCGCGCUCCGAGCUUCUGGCAGUGUGGCCAAGACGCUGCUGGUUCUGACAAUCUCCAGCAAUGUCUGUGAACUGAGAUCCCCAGAUUGUUUGGAACGGUUGGUUGUUCAUGAAAGAACUAUUACAAGGUGGAUAGCCCAGCAGUGCCGUGAGCAGCGAUGUAAACCGUGCAGAGAAGAAGCAUAUACGGAAGAACAAGAUCACGCAGGAGAAACUGUAGUGUUCAACUAUUGGGGUCUAGUACUAGGUUUCGCAGUUCUUUCUAGCCUGCUUGUAUACAAGCUGAGAUUCCGACAAUCAAGCUAA